CUUCUCUUUCGCUUUUGCUCUCGCUCAUUUCAUGGCGAAUAAUGACGAAACUUCCGUUCUGGAUCUCAUCCGAAACCAUCUUCUCGGCGAUUACGCCUCACUUGAAAGCUUCAUUAACGAAAUCCCGAAUUGCUUAGUGAACAUGUCGGGAAAGGAAGAAUCGAUUACUGGAGAGACGUCAAAAGCGUCACGUUCCGAUUCAAAUUCCAAUUCUGAUUCUUUCUGUUCGCAAUCAGUGAGCUCUGGAUCUGUACCUCUUCCUAAGCUCAAAAAUGAGGUUUUUGAUGAUGGUUUUACAUCUCCAAUUUCCAAAUCUCUGGAUUCAAAUUCAGAAAUCUCUGUUUUCGAUUAUAUAAACCUUAAUGAAAAACAGGGUAGCGGAGAUGUCAACAUGCUCUGUUUCAGUGCUAAUGAUCAAAGCAAUUUCUUUCAAACCAAGACGAAGCCUCAAAUUAUCGAUUUGACGAACUCUAACUCUCCAACUUCUGCUCCUCGUCGACCAUCCCUGAAGAUCUCUCCCCCUCCGGCUAAGAUAAUCGAGUGGUUCGAUUUCACCCAAACUAAACCUGCUCCUGCCGUGGUCACAGCUCCAGUUCCAAUCCCAGCUCCAGCUCCGAACUCCGAGCCUUGUGAUUCUGAAGAGAGAAGACACUACAGAGGCGUGAGACAACGUCCAUGGGGGAAGUUCGCAGCGGAGAUCCGAGACCCCAACAAGAGAGGAUCAAGAGUUUGGUUGGGUACCUUCAACACCGCCAUUGAAGCUGCCAGGGCUUAUGACAGAGCAGCGUUCAAGAUGAGAGGAAGCAAAGCCAUUCUCAACUUCCCUCUCGAAGCUGGAAAGACAUCCGAACCAGUUUCCAGCAAUUGCAGGAAAAGACGCAGAGAAGCUGAAACAGAUGAACAACAAGAACAAGAAGAACUACAAGAAGCACCAAUGAAGUCUGUAAAGACAGAGUGGUCACCGGGAUCUGACGUCACAGCGACAGUCCCGGCAACCGGCCCGUUAACGCCGUCAAGUUGGACGGCCGUUUGGGAAGGUGGGGAUGUUGAGGGUGUGUUUAACGUGCCUCCACUGUCGCCGUUUUCUCCCCAUCCUCAGUUCGGUUAUCCACAACUCAUGGUCAUCUGAGAAGUUAAACGGUGCCGUCAGUAUCCGUUUGAGGUUGUAUUGUACAUAUACAGUUCUGAUGGUCGGUUUAAGAGUAUGUAUAUA